UCACUCGAGUGACGGCGGGGUUGGCGCGGGCUUCAGUCGAGGUCCGCGCGCGGAGCAGGGAGGACGUGUCCGAGGCGAGAUGUGUGAUACUCGGCGAAGUUUCACCGGCUGAGAUCGACAGUGAGAUCUCAGGUGCGAGCAGACUUGGUGCGCGCGGCCAGCCCAGCUCCAGGUCUCCACGUGUGAGCGGCCACAUGGCGGCCAUCGCGCGGCGCCUGCUCGCCGUCCUCCUGCUCGCCGGGGUUUCGUCCGCCACCAGCGGCGGCAUCUUCAGGGGCGUCGUGGACAUGGUGCUGCACCCCCGGGAGACCCUCGGCGCGGCGGUGCGGACGGCAGCUGCGGCGGCGGCGCGGGUGCCGGACGCGGUGCUGGCGCGCGGGCUGGACGGCUCCCGGGGGCUGCUGAGACGCGCGCACCCCCUGCUGGGGCUGCCGGCGCUCGACCCCUGCCUGCUGCGGCGCGUGGACGCCUCUCACCGCCUGCCCGGCGUGUCCGAGAUGAAGGGCCACCUGAGCGAUGUGACGGUGCGAGGGCUGUCGGCCUACCGCGUGAGGCGCCUCGCCGUCAACUGGGCCGACAGCACCGCCGACCUGGGGCUGUCCUUCCCGGAGAUCGACGUGGACGGCUCCUACUCCGUCAAGGGCACCUUCGCCGAGUUCCUGCCCGUCUUCGGCGAGGGUCCCUUCAGGGUGAACAUACGCGAUCUGGAACUCAACACUGUGGUGUGCUUGAGCUACCUCAACAAGACCUUGUCGGUGGACGCUUUGGACCUGGACUACAAGUUCAAGCACUUUGAGAGCAAGUUCGCGGGGCUGAUGGGCGGCGGACAGACGGGCGAGGCGGUGAACGAGGUGAUCAACGAGAAGGCGCCGCAGCUGCUGGUGGCGCUCUCCCCGGUGCUGAAGCCUCUCCUGGUGCGGCACAUCCUGGGCGGCGUCAACUCCCACCUGCGCAGGGUGGCGCUCAGCCGCGCCGACCUGCUGUCCUGGCUGCCGGCCGCGUGGCGGGGCGCCGACGUGCGGUGACCUGCCCGCGCCCCUGUCUCUCCUCCCCGUCAGGAACACUUCUGCGAUCCUCAACUCCUUUGGAAGAGAUCAGUGAUACCUACCUGCUGGGCAGGAAGACAGCAAUCCUCAACAACCUUUGGAAGAGAUCAGUGAUACUUAUCUGCUGGUUAGGAAGACUUAAGCGAUCCCUUUCUCCUGGUCAAGAAGACUUCAGUGCAUCUUGCCUCCUCGUCAAGAAGACUUCAGUGAUAUUUCCCUUUUUCUUCAGAAAAACUUCAGCAAUUCUCCUGAUCAGGACCACUUCAGUGAACCUUACCGCAUCGUCAGCAAGACUUCAGUGAUCCCUUUCUCCUCGUCAGGAACACUUAAGUGAUCCAUACCUCUUGGUCAGGAAGACUUAUGCAGUUCUUACCUCAUUGGUAGGAAGAUUUCGACAUUUCUUAAUUAUUUAUUAGGAAGAAACGAGUGUUCUUAUAUCCUGAUCGGACAGACUACCGGUACGAUUCCCCAGAAAAAAAAGUUGGUGAUUAUUAGUUCACGGUCAGAAAUACUUCAUGGUUUCUUACCUCCUGAUCAGGAUGACCACCGAAAUCCUUAUCUUCUGAUCAGAAAUACUACGAUUCUUACUUUAGAAUCAGGAAGACUCAAGUGUUAAUUGACUUCAGAUCAUAAUCUCAGCAAUUACGCCUACCUUUUGGUUAGGCAGACUAUCUGAAAGCCUGAUUAGAAAGACCACAAAAAUGUUCAUCUCCUGAUCAGAAAGACUAUUAGUGCGAUUUUUACAUCAUAAUCUAAGAGACUUUAGUGAUACUUACAACCUGUUCUUAAAUACUUCAAUUAUUAUUUCUUCUGUCAGAAGACCACAGGUAUUACUAUUUCCUGAUCAGGCCGACAAACAUUUUUGUCUUCUAAUCAUAAGCACUUUGGCGAAAGACUGGGGGCCAAGCUCGAGUUUGGUACUCAUUUACUGAACAUUCCGCGUGAAUACACGAAGCAAGAGAAUGACACAUUUUCAAAUUUGUAUGUUAUGUGUGAAUUACGGGGACGAUCAACACUGGACCAAGUCACUUUAUGCUCUGAGCCACCCGCAGUAUGAAUACAGACAAGCCUUCUUCAGAGGAUGAACCCCUAGGAUGAACCCCUAGGAAGAAUCCUAUAUCCAGUUACACUCAUCACUGACUCACUGACUCUGUAACGCCAAAGAUAUGUGUAUACCUUGGAGACUAGCGUACCAUGUAGCUCAAAUAUUAGCUUGCUCCAUAGAGAUGUGUAUAAAAUAGAAAAUUUAAGUGUAACAAUAUCGCAACAUUUUAAAUACAACUACAUAGGUGGAACACAUUUUGAUUGUUAUAUUCGUCAAUUUUCAAUGGGUGCCGUAGGUGCCUUGCGAAUAGCUAUGCUUAUAAUUACAAAAAUUGUUUAUGUCUCAGUAAGUUUCGUUAGCGAAAAACUGUGAAAAAUUUUUCCUUUUUUGGAAAUCCACAUUUGCGUCAUAUUAACUUAAUCCUUUAUUUUAGAAACAACAUAUGACAUGUCUUCUGACACUGUGUUAGGUGUUAUUUUGAAAAUAAGCUAUAAGCUUAUAUGAGUGGAUAUUAAUCACCUAUGGUUAAAUUAAAUUAAUGCAACCUAUAAAAAUUGGCAUAAUUUUAAUCAGAUUUUGUUACUUAAUUUCUAACUCUUUUUGAUAAUUUUGUAUUGACUGUGUACAAAAACAGGAGGGGAACAGGUAACUUUUUUUCUGAAACAAAAGAUGAUAAUGCAAAAAAUUUAUUUCAAAAUGUAGCUCUUGUUUCAGAAAUGUACAGAGCAGCCUUCUGAAAACCUGUAGGUAUAUUUUAGGGAAUUGCUGAUACUAAUAGUUAACAUACGCAAUGUAAAGGUACAAAAUAAAAGUAGAAACACAUAUUGUAGUAGAAUAAUGUAGGAAAGUCGUCGAAAAUCUGCGAGACAAGUGAUGUACAGCGAUCCUGGGGGCCUCAGCUGUACCUAGCAUUGCAAACAAUGUUGUUAGUACGAGAUUUAGAGGUUUAAUUUCACGUUAAUUGCUAUUAAAUGCGUGAAUGGGUUAUAAACAAAUGCAUUAGAGUGCGUGGAAUUUUUAUCUACAAUAGUUUUAAUUCUUUAAGGCUUCUGCUACAAUGUUUGGUGAAGUGUAGGCUUCCCGAAUUCCAGCUGACAAUCCAUAAAUGUGGCAAUGGAUAGAAGCCUGUUACAUACACAAAUUUGAAUUUCGUGUGUAUGAUUUAGCUCAUGCCACUAGGAUCACUGUAGUAUUGUCUCUUGUGUCUCGCAUAUGUUAACGUGCUUGAAUUUAUAUAUUGUCUUCUACAAUAUGUGCUAGAAACUACUAAGUGUCUUACUCCUGUCUUUUUUUGGACUCCCUAAGUAACAUGCUCGAAUUUACCAUUUCUUGUACAUAUACCCGAGUCACUACCAACUGUUUAUCGGCUACUUACACUAUUGUAUUUCACAGCUAGUUUUUUUCUCUCUUUGGACUAUGCUGUUCGUGGUUUAUUGUUGAUUCAGGAUCGAGCAGGCAUGCAGGUUUGUCAACAGAACUGUUUACCAAACGAACUUAUGAAUAUAUUCAGUUGCAACAUCUACGUCAUUUAAGUACACCCUGUGCCGAAUAAAUUAACACAAUUUGUAUUAACUUUUUAUUUAAGGUGAAUCAAAUGUGAAAUAAAUGACAUGGUAUCGCAAGGUUUUGUUAAAGAAAUUAAGGAAUUAUAUUUCCUUUAAACUAAUCAAUAAAUGUGUUUUUUUUUAUAAAUCUGUGAAAAUAAAAAUUGUGGUGGCGUAAUUAUGUUUGGUGAAGAAUAAGUUCUUAUCUGAGAAUGUAAAAUAUGUGUGACUUAAUUUUUUUUGCAUGUUAUUGUACAUGAAAGAUGAAAGUUAUUUUUUUCUCAAACAUUCAGAUGCGUUAUCUAGUCAUGCAUUCAGUUGGUGUUUUUGACUUAUAAUGUUGACUACAGAUCUGUUUUUAUAACUUUAUAGUUUGUUAAUGAAUGAUCAAUAAGAUGUAAAUUGUUAAGAGGCGUCUUUGUUGUUGAACAACAGGGAUGUAUAUAUACAUAUAUCUUAAAACUACACAAUAACAAUCAAACAAGAAAAUGACGCUAAAAAUGCUAAAAUAAAAAUAUUUUUAAACAUUCAAUAGAAAAUAAAACCUAAAAACUACUUUAAGAUUUAUGAUUUUUUUCUUGUUAAUUAUGUAUAUUAUUUAAAAUUUGUGGACAGUGUGUAAUAAUACCUGAAGUGCUACAAAUUAAUUAAGUCGUAGUCAUGCAAAGGUUCUUAAAAAAAAUCUUGUAGGCUGUAUUUUGUACUACAACCACCAGCGGUUUGUUUAUUGAAUUAAAUUUCCCUGAACAGGAAUUUUGUGUAUGAAAUAAAAAUAAUUGAACAAAA